GUGGCCAUGGUGCUGGUGCUGCUGGUCGCCAUCCCGCUAUUGGUCCACAGCACGAAAGGGGGCAGCGCCAGAGGCGGGGACACCCACUACGAGAUGCUGGGCAGCUGCAGGAUGGUGUGCGACCCCUUCACCCCCCCGCAGAGCGGCCAGGAGCUGGUGGCCGUUUCCCCGCCGCCCCCUGACUUCACGGGACGGAGGGGGAAGUCUGGAUUCCGCGGGAGCCCCGGUCUCCCCGGCCCCCCCGGUCCGCGCGGCCCCCCCGGGGAGACGGGGAAACCGGGCCCCCCGGGGCCCCCCGGCCCGGGACCCGGGGGCUACGUCCCUUCCUUCUACAGCCCCAAAAUCGCCUUUUACGCCGGCCUGCGCAAGCAGCACGAGAGCAACGAGGUGCUGAAGUUCGACGACGUGGUCACCAACGUGGGCAACUACUACGAGCCCAGCACCGGCAAGUUCACCUGCCCCCUGCCCGGCAUCUACUACUUUACCUACCACGUGCUGAUGAAGGGAGGGGACGGCACCAGCAUGUGGGCGGACCUGAAGAAGAACGGCCAGGUGAGAGCGAGUGCCAUAGCCCAGGACGCGGAUCAGAACUACGACUACGCCUCCAACAGUGUGAUCCUGCACCUGGACGUGGGGGACGAGGUGUGUGUGCAGCUGGACGGGGGCAAAGUGCACGGGGGCAACACCAACAAAUACAGCACCUUCUCUGGGUUCCUCAUCUACCCCGACUGA